GCCUCCCGGCGUGCCGUGCGGCGGGGAGGCGGAGGCCGGAGCGGGAGGCGGGAGCCGUGGUGGCCAAGCUGAAACCGCGCCGGCACCCUCCCGGAGCGAGGUAGAUCAUGGCUGAGGCUCGGCGGCCUCCCUGCUUGGGCCGCGCUUCCUGAGCGUUCCCUGAGCCGCCGCUGUGGUGGAGUCGCUCCCGGUUUUUAUCCACAAGAACUUCUGAAAAAGAUGGCUUACAUUAACCUCAAAGAAAUAACCUUAAUAGUAGGUGUGGUUACUGCCUGCUAUUGGAACAGCCUCUUCUGUGGAUUCGUUUUUGAUGAUGUUUCAGCGAUCCUGGAUAAUAAAGAUUUACAUCCAUCUACGCCCCUAAAAACAUUAUUUCAGAAUGAUUUCUGGGGAACUCCUAUGUCUGAGGAGAGAAGCCACAAGUCUUACCGUCCCUUAACAGUGUUGACAUUUCGCUUAAAUUACCUGUUUAGUGAACUCAAACCAAUGUCAUAUCAUCUCCUAAAUAUGAUUUUUCAUGCUAUUGUUAGUGUGAUAUUUCUGAAAGUCUGCAAGCUUUUUCUGGACAACAGGAGUAGUGUGAUUGCUGCUCUGCUUUUUACAGUGCACCCAAUACACACAGAAGCAGUAACAGGAGUGGUGGGAAGAGCAGAACUUUUGUCAUCUAUCUUUUUUCUAGCUGCAUUUUUGUCAUACACCAAAUCAAAGGGACCAGACAACUCCAUAGUGUGGACUCCUAUUGCAUUGACAGUAUUUUUAGUGGCUGUUGCAACACUGUGUAAAGAACAAGGAAUAACAGUGGUGGGGAUUUGCUGUGUGUACGAAGUGUUUAUCGCCCAGGGGUAUACUUUGCCAUUACUGUGUACUACUGCUGGACAGUUUCUCCGAGGAAAGAGUAGCAUUCCACUUUCUAUGCUGCAGACACUAAUCAAACUCAUUGUCCUGAUGUUCAGUACAUUGUUACUUGUUGUGAUUAGAGUCCAGGUUAUUCAGUCCCAACUUCCAGUAUUCACAAGGUUUGACAACCCAGCUGCUGUAAGCCCAACUCCUACAAGGCAGCUAACUUUUAACUACCUCCUUCCUGUGAAUGCUUGGCUUCUGUUAAAUCCUUCAGAACUAUGCUGUGAUUGGACAAUGGGGACAAUACCACUGAUAGAGUCAUUCCUGGAUAUCCGAAAUCUUGCCACAUUUGCAUUCUUUUGUCUUCUGGGGACUUUGGGAGUGUUCAGUCUCAGAUACCCUGGUGAUUCUUCUAAGACUGUUUUAAUGGCACUUUCUUUAAUGGCAUUACCAUUUAUUCCUGCAUCGAACCUUUUUUUUCCAGUAGGGUUUGUUGUUGCUGAGCGAGUAUUAUAUGUUCCAAGCAUGGGAUUCUGUAUUUUGGUAGCACAUGGAUGGCAGAAAAUUUCGAACAAAAGUGUAUUUAAAAAGCUUUCCUGGGUUUUUCUGUCCGUGGUGAUACUCACUCAUGCCUUAAAAACCCUUCACAGAAAUUGGGAUUGGGAAUCUGAAUAUACAUUGUUUAUGUCAGCCUUGAAGGUAAAUAAAAAUAAUGCCAAAUUAUGGAAUAAUGUAGGUCAUGCUCUGGAAAAUGAAAAGAACUUUGAGAGAGCUUUGAAAUACUUCUUACAGGCCACCCAUGUUCAGCCAGAUGAUAUUGGUGCCCACAUGAAUGUAGGAAGAACUUACAAAAAUUUAAAUAGAACCAAAGAAGCUGAGGAAUCAUACAUGACAGCUAAGUCACUGAUGCCUCAAAUAAUUCCUGGUAAAAAAUAUGCAGCCAGAAUUGCCCCUAAUCACCUGAAUGUGUAUAUCAAUCUGGCCAACCUGAUCAGAGCAAAUGAGUCCCGACUGGAGGAAGCCGACCAGCUCUACCGACAGGCAAUCAGCAUGAGACCCGACUUCAAGCAGGCCUACGUGAGCAGAGGAGAAUUGCUUUUAAAAAUGAACAAACCACUGAAAGCAAAGGAAGCAUACCUUAAAGCACUGGAACUGGACAGAAAUAAUGCAGAUCUCUGGUACAACCUGGCAAUUGUGUAUAUUGAGCUUAAAGAACCAAAUGAAGCUCUGAAAAACUUUAAUCAUGCUUUAGAACUCAACCCAAAACAUAAGCUAGCAUUAUUCAACUCGGCUAUUUUAAUGCAAGAAUCAGGUGAGGUUAAACUCAGACCUGAAGCUAGGAAACGACUUCUGAGCUACAUAACUGAAGAGCCACAAGAUGCUAACGGCUAUUUCAAUUUGGGAAUGCUUGCCAUGGAUGACAAAAAGGACACUGAAGCAGAGGCUUGGAUGAAGAAAGCCAUAAAAUUACAAGCCGACUUCAGAAGUGCUUUAUUCAAUCUAGCUCUUCUGUACUCUCAGACUGCAAAGGAAUUACAAGCUUUGCCAGUUUUGGAAGAUUUACUGAGAUACUAUCCUGAUCAUAUCAAGGGUCUCAUUUUGAAAGGAGACAUUCUGAUGAAUCAAAAGAAAGAUAUACUUGGGGCAAAAAAGUGUUUUGAGAAGAUUUUGGAGAUGGAUCCAGCUAAUGUGCAAGGAAAGCACAAUCUUUGCGUUGUUUAUUUUGAAGAGAAGGAUUUACUGAAGGCUGAAAGAUGCCUGGUGGAAACGUUGGCGUUAGCACCACAUGAAGAAUACAUUCAGCGCCAUCUGAGUAUAGUCAGGGAGAAAAUUUCCUCAUCUGGUUUUACAGAACGACCAGUAACUGGUAAGGUAUCAGAUACAGUACAAGGAGACAAAAUUCCACCUGAAAAUGUGAAGAAAAUCAAUACCGAUUCCAAACCAACACAGAUAGGGAAAAAAAGUGAUAACAAAAGUCAGUCUAAAUCGAAUAAACAAUUAAGAAAAAUGGCAGAGAAAGAGGUGCCCCAAAAGCCAACAAAAGAUAUCAAAGAAAUUGAGAAGAAAAGAGUUGCUGCUCUAAAAAGACUAGAAGAAAUUGAACGGAUUUUGAAUGGAGAAUAAAUGUUGUUACCAUGUGACCGUGAUGUCAGAACUGUAAACGUUGGGAUUGCUUUCACUGGGAGUUCUGAAAACAUCAAGGAUACAUAACAGUCUGUCAUGAGCUGCCUCUUUGUAGACUCAAGAUAAAAUAUUUGUUAAAGGCCGCUACCCCAGGAUAUAUAUAUUAAGAUAAGGCAGAAAUUUUCAAAGUUGGUGGUGAAUGUAGCAGAAAUACUGUUACAGGUGGAAAAUCUGCAUAUUUUAUUAAAGAAGAAAGUUUUUCCUUACCGAAUAACCUUUACUACUCUAAAAAAUAAUUUCAUGUCUGAAUGAUAAUGCUUGA